GGAAAGGAAAUUUUCAAAAGGGGUCUGAUACGUACAUUACCAGUUUGGGGGGUCAUAUGCAUUUUGGCAAAGCGAAUAUGCGAAAGCGUUCAUCAAAAUUUUGCCUGCCAUCUGCUAUAUACGAGUUGUUCAUUCGAGCAAAGGUGAAAAGGUGGUGCCUUUUUUAUCAGACAAGACAGUGUUGCAUUUCUUCAACUCUAACAUUGCCAGCACAAGGUCACUAGUCGACCUUGAAAAUCACUGGAUAGGACAUGGCUUCAUCAGAUGUGUGUCCAACCGAGGAUGCAGUUCAGGUAUUCCUAGAACACUUGGUUGACCCAAUGCUGCCCGCAAAAUCAUCUGUCCGGGAUAAUCCAACACCAUCUCAACAGCAGUUAGUUGCAAAACAGGUGCAUUCAGUUGUCUUACUGUACAACUACUACCACAGGAAACAGCAUCCAGAGCUUGAAUAUCUUCCAUUUAAUGAAUUUUGCAAGUUGACUGUGGUUCUGAGGCCAGCUUUAUUAACGUUUAUGCAAUUCAUGCAAAAGUUAAAUGAAGUAGAACACAUUGAUGUGGAGAAGCAGCUGUCAUUGACAGAAAAAGAGAUUAUGGAUGCAUGUGAUGUAUGUAAAUGUUUGGAUGCAUCAAAGAAUGUUCCUAAUAUAGACGGAUGGCCCAUUACAAAAGUUGCUAUCCUUUUAAUUGACAGUACGAAGGAGUACUGUUUUUUGUUGUUUGGUUCCAUCACUAAUGGGGUAUGGUCUCUGGUUGAAAAAAAUCUGGACACCUCUGGUCAAAGUUCUGAAGUUACAUCAGAAACAAAACAUAUGUAUAAAAAGAAAAGAGUCAUUCAAAAGUCUACCAGAGAUGAAUUAAAAGUUGAUGAAGAUGAAUUUCUGCAAGCAGGGUAUUCUGCUGUAAAGGAAGCCAGUGGCAUUGAUAGCACUAAUAUUAUGCUUUUGGAAAGUGACACUGUCUAUUCUCAUAGCAAACCGAAAGUAGCUUCUCGAUUUUAUCUAAUGCAGUGCUCCCAGUUGAACAAUCAAGAUGUUUUUCAAGUUCCUCUCAAGGAUGUAAUGAAAAGCUUGCAGGGUCCAUUGGUCAAUAAGAGUUCUAGCAGUUGGUUGAUCACUCCUGUCAUUGAUUACUUCCAUGUGCUUCCAUAUUCAGAAAUAAUAUCGAAGUGGAUUUCCAGGGAAGCAUUCUCAAAUAGUUUGCGAGAUUCAAGGGUAACAGAGAAAAAGAUAAUGGGGGGCACCCCUGAAGUAAUGGAAUCCUAUGUAAAUAAGGAUACAUUUACCGAUCAUGAUAGUAAGCCAAGCAGUGAUAAUAUCGAAUCACCAAAGAAUAAAGAGAACAGUGGAAGCUGUGCACUUGCAUUAUCUGAUUAUGUUAAGGAGCCCCAGGAAACGUAUGUGAAUGACUCAUCAAUUUUUCCAUCUCAAAAAAACCAAAAAAGCCAUUAUAUUACCAGUGCUGUAGAAGUUGGUGCAUCUCAAGGGAAAAACAACCUAUCUGCGCAGCAUAACUCUAAUGGCCCUGCAAGUAGUGUUAAGCCUUUGAAGGCUAAGUCGACAAGGAUGCUCAUCACUGAAGGUGGAAUCAACAAUCUUGCUUCUUUCCACAAUAUUUGUGCCAAUAGGCCCAAUGCCUCAACUGAAAAAGACACAGUAGAUGAUUCUACUAAGACUGAAAAUCUUUUUAACUCAAAUCUAGAAAAGCUCCAAAUUCUUCUAAAUUCAAAAAAGAUGCUGUCACAAACUGCCCUAGCUGUCUUGAUACGAAAGAGGAAUGAAUUGGCCCUUCAGCAGCGCAAGAUAGAGGAUGAGAUGGCAAUAUGCGAUGAAAAAAUUCAGAGAAUGUUAACUGAUGGGGAGGAUGACUUCGAAUUAAAGAUCGAAUCCAUUAUAGAAGGUUGUAAUGAUACAUGGGGAAGGAAUCAGGAAAGGACGUGUGGACAACAAAGCUUACCUAUAAAGAGGAAAAAAUUGUCAGAGGCUGUCUUCAUCACACAAAGUCCAUGUCAGGAGCUAGAUGGUGUAUGUCAUGAAAACAACUGGGUCACACCAACUUAUCAUAUUUCUCAAUCAGAUGGUGGAUAUCAAGCUAAUGUAACUGUUAAAGGAGUGGAGUUUCAAUGCUCAUUUGAGGGUAACGGGCAUUCCAAUCCUCGUGAAGCAAGAGAAUCGGCUGCAGCUCAGAUGUUGACUAACUUAAGAAGAAUGGCAAAAUUGGCCCACUAAUGUUGGAAACUUAGAAAUGGCUUGCUUCCCUUGUGAUUAUGAAGAAAACUGCAAUGUUCAUAUGGUUGCAAUUUCUGUAAGGACGCAUGAUGUUCAUGUGAUGCUGGAAUUUGCCGGCACCAGCGCAUGCAAAAGCUCGCAUUAGGUAGAUGGGAUAAAGUAGAUAGGAUUACUGUCAAUUAUUCCUAGCAUGUCUUUUUGUUUGUCAUUAUUCAUUAUCAUUCCUUUAAAAAAAUAGGUAAAAUUACAAAUUUCAUCACUUUCGCUUAUUUAAAAUUUCAGUUUAG